AUGACUUUAAAAAGAAUGGCUUUUGGAAAUAUGUCUUUUGUGACUGAAUUCAUCCUGGUUGGCUUAACAGACCAACCAGGUCUUCAACUACCCCUGUUCUUUCUGUUUCUUAUAAUGUAUAUGAUCACUAUGUUGGGUAACAUGGGUUUGAUAACUCUAAUUGUACUAAAUUCACACCUUCAUACCCCCAUGUACUUUUUCCUUUUUAAUUUGUCUUUGAUUGACCUCUGUUAUUCAUCAGUAUGUACACCAAAAAUGCUAAUGAAUUUCAUAUUAACAAAGAAUAUUAUCUCUUUUACAGAGUGCAUGGCACAACUCUACUUUUACUCAUUUUUUGUUAUUUCUGAGUGUUAUGUGUUGAUGUCAAUGGCCUAUGAUCGCUACGUGGCCAUCUGCAAUCCACUCUUGUACAAUGUUGCCAUGUCCUCGAAAGUGUGCUCCUACCUUAUGCUUGGUUCAUACUUAAUGGCAUUUUCUGGUGCCAUGGCUCACACAGGAUAUAUGCUGAGAUUGACCUUCUGUGAUGCAAACAUAAUCAAUCACUAUUUCUGUGAUAUUCUCCCUGUGAUGCAGCUCUCCUGUACCAGCACUCACGUCAAUGAACUGGAGGUGUUCGUUGUGGUGGGAAUCAAUAUCGUUGUGCCCAGCACCACCAUCUCUAUCUCGUAUGCCUUCAUUCUCUACAGCAUCUUACACAUGAACUCUACUGAGGGCAGGUCCAAAGCCUUCAGCACCUGCAGUUCCCAUAUGAUUGCUGUAUCUCUGUUUUUUGGAUCUGGUGCAUUUAUGUAUUUAAAACCAUCCUCAGCUGGGUCUAUGGAUAAGGGAAAAAUCUCUUCUGUCUUUUACACUAAUGUGGUUCCCAUGAUGAACCCCUUAAUCUACAGUUUGAGGAACAAAGAUGUUAAAUUUGCCUUGAGAAAAAUGUGGAACAGGUGGAAAUUAAGAUAG